UCUCGGUCUAGAUAGGCAGCGCAUAUGAUAUUUAUCCUAUCCAGUCCAUAUACUAUACGUCUCCCACCAAGCAAUCCCCUAUACAACACCACCACCAGCACCAAGAAACGAAGUGAACAAACCAAAGAAACAAACAUAAACAGAACAAAGAAAGAAGAAAAAUGAAACUCACACCCUCCCUCCUCCUCCUCCCCACCCUCCUCGCCAGCACAGCCUCCUGCACCCCCGAACCCCUCUCCGACACCGACGCCGCCAACUGGUCCGCUCUCGCCCAAGCCCUAAAACCCUACACCAUCACCAUCCCCACCAAAACCGCCUCCCUCAACCUCGAAAACAUCCCCCCGCCCCCGCACACCGUCAUCCACCAAGUGAUUACCGCCGUUCCGCCCACAGCCCUCGCUCAGCUCUUCGUGCCCGCGAAACGCAGCGCCUUGGCGAGUGAGUUCCAGGCCGGGAAUACCCCCGAUUGGUAUAAGACGUUGCCGACGGAUGUGAAGAGUUAUAUUUCGGUCGUGAAGAGGGGGAUUGCCUCGGGGACGGAGACGGGGAUGGGGACGGUGAAGGAGACGGGGGUGGGGAAGGGUAGUAGUAGUAGUAGUGGUGGGGUGAAGGGGAGGGGAGAGGUGGGUGGGAGGUUAGGGGUGGGAAUUGGGGUGGGGUGGAUGGUGGUGAUGUUGGUGAUGGUGUUGUGA